AUGUUCAGUUAUCAGUAUUUAACAGAGGCGCAUUUAAAAGGAUUUACAAAUUAUAAGUAUAGUGCUGUAGAUACAAGCCCAGUUAGCUAUUAUGUUACGCAACCUUUUUGGAAUUUUACGAUUAAGUUCAUCCCUAAACGGUUAGCACCUAACUUGCUAACAUUUGGCGGAUUUCUCUGCAUGGUCACGUGUGUUUUACUAAUGAUCGUCUUUGACUGGGACUUCACCGCGGCCGGACGUCCUGGUGUCCGUGAAAUUGAAGACUAUAGCAUACCUAAUUGGAUUUUCACCACGUGUGGUAUAUUACUGUUCCUAGCAUAUAAUUUGGAUGGCUUAGAUGGCAAGCAGGCCAGGCGAAUCGGGGUGUCUGGUCCAUUAGGAGAGCUGUUCGACCAUGGCUUGGACUCGUAUAUCGUAUUCUUUAUUCCAUAUUGCUUGAUCUCAGUCUUUGGUAGAGACGAAUGGUCUUUACCUGUAUUCAGAGGUUACUUAAUAUUAUUAAGUGUUAUGCUGAACUUCUACAUCAGCCAUUGGGAGAAAUACAACACAGGCAUCCUAUAUAUGCCGUGGGGAUAUGACCUUAGUAUGUGGGCAUCAACAAUAAUCUUCCUAAUCCCAGGCAUGUACGGCCCCGCCGUAUACAAAAUAUAUGUGAUAGGAAACAUCACUCUGGCUCAAGCCCUAGAAGUGGCUAUACAUUCCACAGGGCUUUUUACAACGCUGCCGGUUGCGAUAUACAAUGUUUACUUAUCAUAUAAAAAUAAAACCGGUAAGAUGUAUCCAUUAAUGGAAGCGCUAAGGCCGAUAUGGCCAAUGCUAAUAAUGACAGUCACUAUGACAGUGUGGGCGUUGAAAUCACCAAAUGAUGUACUAGAAAACAAUCCUCGAGUUUUUCUAUUUAUAUUUGGGACGAUAUUUAGUAAUAUCGCUAGUCGCCUUAUAGUUGCCGAGAUGACUGAUCAAAGCUGCGACACUAUCUGUUGGAUCAAUAUACAAUUAAUAUUAACAGUUACAAUUUCUUUGUAUCUGCCGCAGUCGGAAACAGCUGUUUUAUACAUGUUUCUUAUAUUCACUCUAUUUUCGCAUAUACAUUAUGGCGUUUGUGUGGUGCGACAAAUGUGCAAUCAUUUUGGAAUCAAAUGCUUCACUGUCCCAAAAGAAAAGAGAAAA